AUGCGCCAGGCAUGGGACGCGCUGUCGGUUGCCCAGCGCACGAAGCUCGUCGCGCAGGCCCACACGUCCCAGGAUGCGGCGGCCGCGCUGCCCGACCUCUUCCAGGCCUUUGGCAAGGUGUCCAAGGGCCUGGUGCCGCUCGACUACAACCCUGAUGUCCACACAAUGAUCGUGGAGGAGGGCCAGGCCGUGCUGCUCCUGCCAGCUCUGGUCGACGGCACCGCCUGCAUCGUUAAGUUCUCAACGUCGCCAACAAAGCCCACCCACGACUGGCGCGCCAAGCAUGCCCUCGCUUUGAUCAUCUGGGCCAUGCUCGGCGUUGGCCUCGACCUCGUAGUCCCCGGCACCGAGGCCACCGCCGCCCAGCUGCUGGCCGAGGCCCUGCAGCAUGCGGAGGCGGCAGAGCAGGCGCAGCAGCAGGCGGACACAACUGGCGGUGACAAAGAUGCCGGUCCCUCGGCGGCGGGCGGCGCGGCCGACACCAGCGUCGGCAGCGUCAUGACGGGCGGCGCCGGCCCCUCAGUGCUGCCGGCCGACUCCGGCGCUGGAACGGCAGCCAAGACGCCGGUCAAGGGGACGCGUUCUGCGAGGCGCCCCGCCAAAGGGGCCACGCCCCUGGCCAUGGCGGCCUCCGCUGCAGCUGUGGGGGCCGCGCCCGCGGACGAGGCCAGCGGCCAGCUGAUGCGCAGCCACCUCAUGUCAAGCGCCACGGACAUCGCGGGGUCGAGGGACGCCGCCGAUGACGCAGUGGCGGCGGCGGCGGCAGCAGCUGCAACGGCCGAGGCGGAAGCCGCAGCAGCAUCUGCAGUGGCAGCGGAGCGCCAGAGGAGCAAGGCUGAGGGGUGGCGCGGCCCCGAUGCGGCCGCCGCGCCGGCGGCCCGCACAAGCUCUGCGCCAUGCAGCAGCACCGCCCCGGUCAUGGCGCAGCAGCAGCACGAGCAACAGCAGCAGCAGCAGCAGCAGCAGCAGCAGCAGCAGCAGCAGCAGCAGCAGCAGCAGCAGCAGCAGCAGCAGCAGCAGCAGCAGCUGCAGCAGCAGCCGAAGCAGCAGCUGCAGCAGCAGCAGCAGCCGCCCGCCGCUCAGGGCGGUCUGCAGGCGGCCACCGCUGGCCAGGCGGCAGCCGGCCCAUCAGUCGCAGUGCAGCAGGGAGGCGUGCAGUCGUGGGCUGUCCACAAGGUGGUGCAGAAGGCGCCGUCCAAGGCAGCCGCCGCGUCCCAGGAGGGCGCGGCUGCGGCGGUGCUGACCGGCAGAGCGCUGGGGGCAGAGGGGCUGGUGGGCAGCGCUGGCUCUGCCAUUGCCAGCACCAGCGGUGCGGGCAGCCCACAGCGCGGGUCCAUGCCUGAGGUGGCCUCUCUGCUCAAGGGCGCCACACCUGCCGCGCCCGCGGCGAUUGCGGCCGCAAGCGGACCCGCAACGGGGACGCGCGGGGCGGUUGCGCGGCAGGCGCUUAAGGCCGCCGCGGCGGCCGCGGCCCCGCAGCAGCCGCAGGCUGCGCGGGAGCGGGCAGCGCGGUCGCGGCUCGCGGCGGCGCCAGACGCGCCCAGCCGGCUGGCGGAGCGGCAGGCUGACGCGGGCGGUGCGGCGGCUGAGCAGCCGCCGUCCCCGGAGCUCCCGGGGCCCCCUACAGCGCAGUGGUGGCCGCCUCUUUUCCCUGACACCACCGAGGACGAGAGCGAGAGGCGGCAGGCGCGGGGCGACGCGCGGUGGCCGGGCUUUCACUCGGCGUGGCCCUUUGUGUCGGGCGCGUACGGCCGCUACAGCCGCCUGCAUAACGUGUUUUAUACGCCGACAGCUGCGGAAUCGGAAGAGCUGCUGACGCCGCAGCAGUACCAGGGGCUGCUGGACGCGGAAAGCACGGCGAUCAGUGGAGGCGGCGGCCGCGGCGGGCGCCAGGGCGGAGCAGAGCCGCUGCAGCGGCCGGGAGGGGCGCUGCGGGCAGAGCUGGUGGGGGGGCUUGCGCAUGUGGCCGUGUCGGCGGUCCCGCGCGGCAGGGCAGGCGUCGCGACGGACGCCACAUUCCUGUUUGCGGAGCGCGUGUUCGAAAAGUGGGAAGAUGAGGAGCGCCCGAGCGCGGGCGGCCCCAUCAACGCCACGGCAUGGGGCCUGCUGGGCUGCCUGGCCGCGGCGGGCCGCCUGGCAGGGCCGCCCCUGUUUGGGUGGGAGGAGGUCCGCGACGGCAUGUUCCUCGGCUGGCUGCUGGCCGACUUCGCGGAGGUGCGCCCCAGGCAGAGUGCCGAGCGGCGGGGCCGCAAACUCAGGGGGGAGGAUUGA